AGACUGGCCAAUCAGAAUCGACUCGAGCUGACGUCACAGCCAAUGGGAGGGAGGAUUCGCUCUCCUCGAAAACAUGUCGCCCAUGAAGUUGUGUGUUCCAGGUGACAAGCUAUGCAGUGAAGAAGACUGUUUUCCAGGCACAGGAGUGUAUCAACGGCACGGCUACAUAUACUCUGCACUUGCAGGCUACGUGCUGAAGAAAAAUGAGGGAGAGAAGCUGCCAGUGAUCUCAGUGGUGAGGGAAACAGAAGCACAACUCCUGCCAGAUGUUGGAGCCAUAGUUACCUGCAAGGUGACGAGCAUCAACCCCAGGUUUGCCAAAGUCCAAAUCCUUUAUGUUGGAUCCACACCGCUGAAGGACCGCUUCAGAGGAACAAUCAGGAAAGAGGAUGUUCGAGCAACAGAGAAAGAUAAGGUGGAGAUAUACAAAAGCUUCAGACCCGGAGACAUUGUCUUGGCAAAAGUGAUUUCUCUUGGGGACAUUCAGUCGAACUACUUGUUGACGACGGCUGAGAAUGAACUGGGGGUUGUGGUGGCUCACAGUGAAGCAGGUGCCCAAAUGAUUCCCAUCAGCUGGUGUGAGAUGCAGUGCCCGUGGACGCAGGCCAAAGAGUUUCGGAAAGUGGCGCGCGUGCAGCCCGAGUAUCUGCAAGCGUGAGAGCCUCGAAAGUCUUCUCCACCACUUGGAACACACAACUUCUCCUUCCUUCGAGUAGUCCCCCCCCCAGCCUUAGUGUCCCGGGGUGACAUAAUCCUUUGGCUACUUCUGAUUCUGUCUUUUAUGUGUUUUUGUAAAUAGCUGUUCUGCUGCACAUUUUUGUCAUCCUUUUAUUGUGCUCAAUUGAAAACACAGUAUAGACUAAACUGUAGAUACUAUUGGAUUCUUAUUAAAGAAUUUUUAUAUAUAUAUUUUUUCUAUCAGAAGUCUUAAGAGCAUGGGACUUAAGUUUCCGGUAAAAGGUCAGUGAUUGAGCAGAAAAGCUGCAGAAAGAGAACUGCGCUUGUCUGUCCAGGUCAGCCUCCAGCUGAUGAUUUGUUGGGGCUUGAUCAUAAAAUAAAAUGACAUUUUUCUUCUCACAAGAGAGCAGUAUUAGAAAGCCCUUUCCUAAAUCAGAAGUUUAAUGCAGCUACUGUGUAAAGAAUAUUGAAGUACAAUAUUUGAUAGUCAGAUUCUUGCUUUCCAGAACAUUAUAACUGAAUGUUUUUGAGCCAAUGAGCUGUAUUUUUCAUGUUUAUUACAAUGAACCUGUUAUUAUGCUUUCCUUWACUUCACAUGUGCAGGAAUAAAAUUAACGACUGUCACAGGU